CGAAUUCAGAGCAUGCGUACAUAUCUUAUUGAAAUGUAAAACGGAUCUCAGCAGGGGACACAAGCAAUCUCGUCUAUGAAUGUCGGUGUGAUGCGAUGCUGAAUACAAUACACUCAUUUGCUACCCGGAGACCAUCAAGUCCACAAGGAUCGACGAGUUAAUCGAUAAUUAUUCAGCACUUAUCAAAGUGACGGUCGCGAUGGUGGAGAUCCGCGUGCAACUGGACGGAAGUUACAACCUAUGCCGAAGCAUUCAGUAUCCAUCAUUAUUUAUCAGGGCAGCGGGUCCUCUACGGGUGGCAUUUUCGGCUUUACUUGCGGCAGCAAUUAUCGUGGCCUUUAUUAUACGUGAACAAUGUCAGAUUUCGAUAAAAUUUCAGGAAGAUAAGGAAAGGAGUGCGCACUUGAGUUAUUCGAAGAUAUGCCGACGAUUUUUGCCUGCUCUUUGCGAAGGAAGACCUGUUGUUAGCGGAAGGAUUUUCGAAAAACUUGACUGUACAAAAGUGCGAAAUAACAGGUACUUCCAAGAACGUAAGUGUUUUCACGGCUACCCACAGUUCUUGCUUUCGCCUGAAAAAGCCGCUGACCUUAUGAAUCUAGUACGAUUUGUUAGUACGUUCAAGGAUCGUGACCAAGCCGCUGGGCCGCGAAUAGCAGUGCGCGUCCUGCACAGCACGCUUAUAAAACAAAUAGUCUGCUUACUUAAACGUUCCGUGUGGAUCAGUGCCAAAUUGGAAACGGUCUACAAUCGUAUUGGCGGUGGCGGAUGUAAGUUCGUGUCACGUCAGCUUCUCGACGGCCUCGAAUACUUAAUUUCCGCAAUACCAAAGCGUGACAAAGAAGAAUCUCCGGAUGAGAAUGUCGUUGCUGCUGUCAGAUUCCUAAUCGGCUCGAUCCCGCUUGUGGCCGAAUGUUCGCAGCUCGUCGAUCAGGAUUAUGUUAAUCAGUUCAUAGAAGAGUUAAAACUUGUAAGGACAAAAGAAGACAUUGAACUGUAUCAUUUACCCCCGCGGAUGAAUUCGAAGAAAUAACUUUGAAUCACUAUGAUAUUGGGACUCGAUUAAUAUCCAAGCCUGGUUACCAAGAUUACCAAAACCGUUUUCUCUGCGAUUAAAAUAACUAACACGUUUUAACUUAACUGAACGUAUCAUCCCAUGAUAUAUAUAUAUAUAUAUCAUGGGAUCUUAGAUUUCAAAUAAAAAAGAACAGUUGAGCGAGAUCAAUCUUUCAUAUAAUACGUAACG